UCUUCUCGUAAUUACUAUGCUUAGAUACACUUAUGUUACUGCAAUAAACAGUGUGGUGAUCUUUUUCCCUCGUGUUAAUGAUGUUCAUGUUUUGGGCUGUAAGGGACGCUGUUGAUCAGUGAUAGAAAACCAGCUUUGCCUGAGAUUCGAGCCAGCGCCCCUACUGACUGAAUUUAACCAGGGCGGAGAGGAAAGGGCUUCAUAAGACCCAAUUUAUGAUGAGACGUGCUUAAGAUACAGAGGAUCUACGUAGUGCGACUGAACUUGCUACUGUGUGGAUUAUGCAUUUGAGUCUUUUGAUGUAGUAUUUUUCUUUUCCUUUUUACGCGAUGCCGUUUGAGAAGUCGAACUUUUGGUCCAUAAAAUGUCGUUUGUUUUGCGUGUCGACAUGGACGUUUAUACUCUUCCUCGCGUAUUUCACACAUAUUGUCUCUGGCCAAAUACGGUAUUCCAUCGCAGAGGAAAUGAAGAAGGGGGCACUUAUUGGAAAUUUAGCGCAAGACCUUGGAUUGGAUCUGCAAAGGCUACGUUCUGGUCGGGUCCGUAUCGUGACCGCAGAGAGCAUCCAGUAUAUUGAGCUGAAGACAGACAAAGGGAUUCUAGUCGUGAGUGAAAGGAUAGACCGGGAACAGCUUUGUCAAGAGGUAACACCGUGUAGCUUCAGCUUUGAGGUGAUUUUAGAAAAUCCCAUGGAACUGCACCGAGUAACUGUGGAAAUUAAUGAUAUUAAUGACAAUUCACCUAUGUUUCGAAAGGAUGAAAUUAAAUUCGAGAUAAGUGAAUCGGCCACACUUGGAUCACGCUUCAUGUUAGCCAGUGCAGAAGACGCAGACGUAGGCAAUAAUGGACUGCAGAAAUAUAUACUAACUACCAAUGAUAUGUUUGUAUUGAAGCAGCAUUCAACUCCAGAUGGUAAAAAAUACGCUGAAAUGAUUUUACAAAAACCGUUAGACAGAGAAAAUCAGCCAAAAAUUUCCUUGAAGCUCAUCGCUUUGGACGGUGGGACUCCACAGAGAUCAGGCACAGUAAAUAUAGACAUCACUGUCCUCGAUGCUAAUGAUAAUCCUCCCAUUUUCAGUCAGUCAGUCUAUGUGGCUACUGUCAUGGAAAACGCUGCAAUAGGAACCUGUAUUACCACAGUGAAUGCGACAGAUGCAGACAGUGGAUCAAACAGUCUCAUCACAUACAGGUUUUCCAACAUGAAAGAGUAUCUUAAUGAUAUUUUUCAAAUGGACGAAAUCACGGGGGUGAUAACACUCGUAGGGCACAUAGAUUAUGAAAAAGACAAGAAAUAUGAAAUUAUGAUUGAGGCUGUGGACCAAGGUGGUCUUACAGAUUCUGGUAAAGUUCUUAUUGACAUUGUAGACGUCAACGACAACGCACCUGUAAUAAAUGUCAUGUCAUUCUCAAGCCCUGUACCAGAGGAUGCUACACCUGGCACCACAGUGGCAAUAAUCCAUGUGAAAGACGCAGACUCUGAGCAACACGGUCAAAUUAGGUGCUCAAUUGAUAACAACAUCCCUUUUAAGGUAAAGUCAACACUGACUAAUUAUUACACAUUAGUAACGGAUUCAGUCUUUGACAGAGAAAUUGUGCCAGAAUAUAACAUAACUGUAACAGCGACUGAUUCGGGAUCACCCUCCCUGUCCAGCACUACAACGUUACGUCUAAGAAUUUCUGAUGUAAAUGACAACGCUCCAUUGUUUGACAAAAUGAGUUAUGAUGCUUACAUCAUAGAGAACAAUCCCUCAGGUAUGUCUAUAUUCACCGUCAGCGCACGGGACACUGACUGGAAUCAAAACGCGAAAAUCUCGUACUUUCUCGAAGACACACAAGUUAGUGGUAAUCCAGUAACUACUUUUGUAUCUAUAAACACGGAAACUGGAGUUUUACAUGCAGUGCGCUCAUUUGAUUAUGAACAGCUUAAACAACUUCAACUAGUUGUCAAGGCGCAGGAUGGAGGCUCUCCUCCACUGAGCAGCAAUGCCACUGUUAAAAUAAAUAUUCUAGACCAGAACGACAACGCCCCUCAGGUUCUAUAUCCAGUCCAGACUGGUGGCUCUCUGGUAGCUGAAAUGGUGCCUCGUUCAGCAGAAGUGGGCUAUCUGGUGACUAAAGUGGUGGCUGUUGAUGUGGACUCUGGCCAGAAUGCCUGGCUCUCCUAUAAACUGCAGAAAGCCACAGACAGGGCGCUGUUCGAAGUGGGCUUACAGAAUGGGGAAAUCAGAACUAUCCGCCAAGUCACUGAUAAAGAUGCUGUGAAACAACGGCUGACUGUUGUGGUGGAGGACAACGGCCAGCCCUCCCGUUCAGCUACAGUCAGUGUUAACGUGGCGGUGGCGGACAGCUUCCCUGAAGUGUUGUCGGAAUUCACUGACUUUAGACAGGACAAGGAGUACAAUGACAACCUGACUUUUUACUUGGUCUUGGCUUUGGCUGUGGUUUCCUUUCUGUUCAUCACGUGCCUGGUGGUUAUUAUAUCAGUGAAAAUCUACAGGUGGAGACAGUCUCGCAUCCUGUAUCAGUCCAACUUGCCGGUGAUUCCAUAUUAUCCCCCACGUUACUCAGACACUUUGGGGACAGGGACUCUCCCACACGUGUACAAUUACGAGGUGUGCAGGACGACUGACUCCAGAAAGAGUGACUGUAGGUUCGGCAGAGCCGGUAGUCAGAACGUCCUGAUAAUGGAGCCCAGUUCAACAGGGACGAUGCAGCGGAUACAGAGUGACAGGAGCAUCCUGGAUGAACCAGACUCUCCUCUAGAGGUUAGUGUCUUUAAGAAGAAAUGUUGCAUUUAUUGA